AGAGCAUGCCAGGCAGAGGGAACAGCAGUGCAAAGGCCCCGAGAUGCGAGUGUGACAGACGGCGAGUGUGGCAGUGGAGUGAGAGGCCGGGGAGGAAGAAAACCCUGGCUUCUCAACUCAGUGAGAUUGGACUUUUGAAAGGUUAUGCUCUGACUUAGGUUUGAAAUCCUAAUGUCGAACUGUGCUGAUGUUCAAGACAUCAAAUCCUAUGCUGUAUAUGACCUGAACUCAAAAGUUAGGUAUGUGGCGGGCCUGUGGAUUAUUUUGAUGAAAUGUAAUUUCUUCAUAUAUGUGUAUAUACACAUAAUGUGUUUGUGAUGAGCGAAGACAGUAAACUGAUUUUCUCUUUUAGAUAUAAGGUCAUGAAGAACUGGGGUGUUAUAGGCGGACUCGCUGCUGCGCUUGCAGCAGGAAUAUAUGUUAUUUGGGGUCCCAUCACAGAAAGAAAGAAGCGCAGAAAAGGGCUUGUGCCUGGCCUUGUCAACUUGGGGAACACCUGCUUCAUGAACUCCCUGCUGCAAGGCUUGUCUGCCUGCCCCGCUUUCAUCAAGUGGCUAGAAGAGUUCACCACCCAGUACACCAGGGAUCAGAAGGAGCCCCCCCCGCACCAGUAUUUAUCCUUAACACUGUUGCACCUCCUGAAAGCUUUAUCCUGCCAGGAAGUUACUGAUGAUGAGGUCUUGGAUGCAAGCUGCUUGCUGGAUGUCUUAAGAAUGUACAGGUGGCAGAUCUCUUCAUUUGAAGAGCAGGAUGCUCACGAAUUAUUCCACGUCAUUACCUCGUCCUUGGAAGAUGAGCGGGACCGCCAGCCCAGGGUCACACAUUUGUUUGAUGUGCAUUCCCUGGAGCCGUCGGAAGUAACUCCCAAACACAUCACCUGCCGCACAAGAGGGGCACCUCAUCCCACUUCCAGUCACUGGAAACCUCAGCAUCCCUUUCACGGGAGACUUACUAGUAACAUGGUCUGCAAACACUGUGAACACCAGAGUCCGGUUCGAUUUGAUACCUUUGAUAGCCUUUCACUAAGUAUCCCAGCUGCCACGUGGGGUCACCCACUGACCUUGGACCACUGCCUUCACCACUUCAUCUCAUCAGAAUCAGUGCGGGAUGUUGUAUGUGACAACUGUACGAAGAUUGAAGCCAAAGGGACGUUGAAUGGGGAAAAGGUGGAACACCAGAGGACCACUUUUGUUAAACAGUUAAAACUAGGGAAGCUCCCGCAGUGCUUGUGCAUACACCUGCAGCGGCUGAGCUGGUCCAGCCAUGGCACCCCCCUGAAGCGGCAUGAGCACGUGCAGUUCAAUGAGUUCCUGAUGAUGGACAUCUACAAGUAUCACCUCCUUGGGCAUAAGCCUGGUCAACACAGCCCCAAACUGAACGAGAAGGCAGGGCCCGCGCUGGAACUGCAGGACGGGCCGGCAGCCCCCAAAUCAGUCCUGAAUCAGCCAGGGGGCCCCAAAAGCCAAAUUUUUAUGAAUGGUGCCUGCUCCCCAUCUUUGUUGCCUACCCUGCCAGCCCCAGUGCCCUUCCCCCUCCCGGUCGUUCCAGACUACAGCUCCUCCAUGUACCUCUUCCGGCUGAUGGCAGUUGUCGUCCACCAUGGAGACAUGCACUCUGGACACUUUGUGACUUACCGACGGUCCCCACCUUCGGCCAAGAACCCUCUCUCGACCAGCAACCAGUGGCUCUGGAUUUCCGAUGACACCGUCCGCAAGGCCAGCCUGCAGGAGGUCCUGUCCUCCAGUGCUUACCUGCUGUUCUACGAGCGUGUUCUUUCCAAGGUGCAGCACCAGAGUCGGGAGUAUAAGUCUGAAGAAUGACUGUGUCCCGGCCCCAAAGCUAGACCUGAUGGCACUGUCCACACUGUCCAGGAAAAAGACAAAAUCAGAGCGUGUGUGUGCAAGCAGCCCCGCAGAGUCCUUCAGCCUUCUGGUGUGUCCUCAGAGCAGGCUCCACCAGAGAGCCAGUGGCCCCAACUCAAACCAAAUCGGGCUCCCUGAGCAGCUCCGCUAGUGUGCACCGGAAGGUGUUGCUGUCGUGUUAGGAAAGCAUUCAUUGUGUCUAGAGCGUCUUUUUACUCACCUGAUACAGGUAAUUAAAAGAAAUCAGGCUCUGGAAGACAUCUUUUUUAUAUUCUAAUAUGCUAGGUGUUCUCAGAGGGCAGGUAACUUUGUCAGAUCCUCUGGUGUUUCAGCACAGAUCUUUUAUUUUUAAUAAGCAGGCCCAUAUGAAAACUGUUGACAAGAAUUGAUGAAAUCAUUAAAGGCAGCAAUUUAGAAGGAAAAGUGCCUUUCACUUCCGCUUGCUUUUGUAGCACGGCCAUUCCGGAAAAUAAACGUUCUCUAGGAGUCAUAGCAACAGUUUUUGAGAAGUUCUCUUCCAGGUUUCUCAGUGGCUAGCAAAAGAAGUUAAAAGAUGCCUAAAGGACACCCGCCUUUCCUUUUUUGUAUGUGUUUUUCUAAUCUCCUGAUUCUUUAUAUAUAGUAAAAGCUUGUCUGCCAAAUCUGCCCCUCGGGGAAAUUCUUUCACCAGUUCUAAGGGAACUGCUCACUCGUUGCUUUUACCUUCUGUACUGGACAGAGAUGGGAUUAUAUUAUGAACCCGAGAAACAGCCAGAAUGGAGUGGUCUCUGGACACCUGCGAUUCCCGGCUCUGUAGAAGACCCUUUCCCGCAGAGACCCGUUUUGGAUAUUCUCAUCUGUUUAUUGCUCACGAGGAGCUCUUAAGACUUACAGGUGGGCCCGGGGCUGUGUAAGAAGACAUCCCUGCCUUGAUCUGAGAGCUUGAGUCCGAAGGAAGGGCACCAGCCGCGGGGCUGCAGUCUCCAUGGACCUGUUCCCUCAUUUGUAAAGUGAAGGGGUUAGAUUCGGUGACCAGCAGAGGCCAGGCUUUUCCACAAAAAGCAGUCUAAGAUAUUUUUCAAACUUGUAACUACAGCUGACGCCUGGAAUUGCCAUGCUGUUAAGCUCUAUGUUCUGAAUGUACUCGUUUCCAGCAGCCUAAUACAAAAACUAGUGAGCUCUCUCCCCCCCCUUCAGGUAAGUCUCGUGAGCACAGCCCAGGGCCCAAGGCAUUUUGAUGACACAGGAGUAGCUAUAUUUUAGCUCCAUUUUUGUAUUUGAGACAAAAGAAAAAGGGUACCAAACUCAUGAACUCUUCAGAGAUUUGGAAUCAGACUUGUCCAAAAGGCCACCUGAGGUGAGGCUAAGAACCGUGCUUCCUCCAGUGGGGGCGAGCUGGCGGAUACUUCUAGACAAUGCCUCGGUGUCAGCUAAAAGCACAAGAGGCCCAGGUGACCACCCUCCCGCAGGCCCAGCACACAUCCUGAGGACUGACUCGCUGCCAUAGAGCGGACUGUGAAGGUUCUCCAGGCCGUGGACAUCGGGAUGGGGGGAGCAGCUGGAAAUGUCUGAUCCGUCCCUUCACUGCGGCCCCCUCCUGAUUGUUGCAGACCCUGGCUUUGAUGCUGAGAUGUGCAUACCCGUUUUACCUGAGUCUGAUGGAACAAACACCCAGUUGUAUGACCUUAAAUUGCUCUCCAAACUCAUAGCUUUGAGUAACUGCUGCUCUGCCACCGCUCACUCUUUGAAAUCUGCCACUAAAGAGAGACAUCGGGCAUGGAAGGGGCUAAUCCUGUGAACAUGUUGUAAACAGAUUGUUGGUCAGAGGCCAGGGUGUGAGCCAAGGUUGUAAAUGUGAAUGAUAUCUGUGCAAAGUCUCAUAACCCGACUUAAAGCUGACUUCAUUUUGUAAAUUAUCAGGCAUUAAGUAGCAGCCAGAUAAUCUGAUUUCUAGUUUUAAGUUAUUUACAAAAUAGCUUCUAAGUUAAACUAGUAGUUUAUGCCAUAAUAACUGAUUUAUGUACUUGCUAAAGGUACCUUUUGUAUCUGCUGUGUAUUAUAGCAAUAAAAGAAUCAUUUU